AUGAAGACAUAUCGUAUGGACCCGCAAGAUCCAAAUUCUUAUCGUCAUAGAUUUUCUUUUGUCAAUGGAAUUAUUUAUCAUUAUGUAGACGAGGGAGAAGAAAGAAAUGAUGUUAUAAUACUAUGUCAUGGGUUCCCAGAUUU